AUGGUACUAGCAACACUUACUAUUCCAUUGAUUAUUGUGAAAUACUUGAUGAAUUAUAAUAUUUCAUAUCCAAAAUCAAAUUUACCUAAAGGAAGAAUGGGUUGGCCAUUAGUGGGUGAAACAAUUAGCUAUCUUAAACCCCAUAAAUCAACCAUCUUGGGUAGCUUCUUGCAAGAACAUUGUUCAAAUUAUGGAAAGGUUUUCAAAUCAAAUCUUUUUGGGUGUUCAACAAUCGUUUCAUGUGAUCAUGAGCUCAACACAUUCGUUCUUCAAAAUGAAGAUAAGUUGUUUGAGAGCAGUUACCCUUCAGCCAUCCAUGGAAUCUUGGGAAAGUUUUCAAUGAUGCUUGUAACCGGAGAACAUCAUCGAAAAUUGAGAGCAGUUGCUGUUGGGUUUAUUGGGAAAUCAAAGUCAAGACCGGAUUUCUUUGCUUAUGUAGAAGCUAUGACUAUAUCUCUCAUGGAUUCAUGGAAAUUGGAACCACAAAUUGCCUUCUUCAAACAAUCUAAAAGGUUCACUUUAUUUGUAAUGCUAAAAUAUGUGAUGGAUAUGGAACCUGAUGAUCCAUUGGCUCCAAGAAUGUUAGAGGACUUCAUGAGUUAUAUGAAAGGGUUCGUGUCGGUCCCAGUUCAGAUUCCAGGCACAGCUUUCGCGAGAGCGGUUAAGGCAAGGCAAAGGUUGGCGAACACAGUCAAAGAAGUGAUGAGGGAUAGGGUUAGGGCUGGAUCAACUAAUAGUAUUAACCGAGGAGACUUGAUUGACGAAAUGAUCAAGAUUGAUGAUGAUAAACUUAGUGAGGAUGAGAAGGUGAGUGUGGCAUUGGACAUUCUGUUGGCUGGUUACGAGACAACAUCAGGUCUUAUGGCUCUCGUCGUCUAUUUUCUCGUACAAUCGCCUCUUUCCAUUCAACACCUCAAAGAAGAACACAUGGCUAUAAGGAUGAGAAAAAUGGAAUUAGGAGAACCUCUAAACUCACAAGAUUACAAACAAAUGAACUUCACUUCUGAUGUGAUAUGGGAAGCUCUUAGAUGUGGUAACUUGGUCAAAUUCCUGCACAGGAAAGCCAUUAAAGAAGUGAGAUUCAAAGGUAGAAAAUAUGAAUAUGUGAUUCCAGCUGGGUGGAAAGUUCUUCCAGUGUUGGCAGGAUCUCACCUAGAUUCCUCACUUCAUCCCAAUCCUACUGAAUUCAACCCUCAAAGAUGGGAUCAACAAGAAAUGAUGAAGAAGGUAAUUCCCUUUGGAGGUGGAUCGAGGUUGUGUCCUGGUGGUGAUCUUGGAAGACUGGAAACAUCCCUUUUCCUUCAUCAUUUUGUUCUCAACUACAGGUGGAAGGUCCAAGCAGAUGAAUCUCCCCUCUCUUGCCCUUAUCUGGAUUUCAAUAGAGGCAUGCUGCUAGAUAUAGAACCAUUAGAAACAGGAAAAUGUUAAAUGAAUAUUCAUGGC